GCCGUGUUGUGAUUUGAGAAUGGGACGGGAACACGCUCUGCACAGGAGCUUCUCGUACACCCUGCGUUGUGUGUGACUUGGAUGGAGGGCCUCUUUUUGCCGACUUGCGAAAGUCCCCCAGGGAAGUGCCUGAGGAGGCGGCGCAGAGACAGACAAUCAACUAAUUGAUCACAUGUCGAAUGUGCUGUCUUUGGUGGUGCCAAGAGACUUCAGAAGGACAACUCCUCUUGCAGGUAGCAUCCCCUGACGCAUACAAAUGAUGCUUCUUCAAGUGCCAGACGCCCUCACCAAGAAACCCCUUUGACCGGCCACCGGAACCCCUCUGGUUAAGAAAACCCUUCCAGUCUGGCAAACCUGAAGACCCCUGAAGGAUUCCUGACACUGCAAGCAUGGCCGGCAACUACGGUGCCCCCAUCGACCUGACCGACUCCCCCCAGGAAAGAGUAGCCAAUAGGCACCAGGUCGCAGUUGGUCACAUCCUUCAAGGUCCAGCAAACCCCAGAAAUAUUGCCCCCCCAGCUAUUCAUCCUCAGGGUCUAGCGAUACAUGUGAAUGCAGCACAAAUGGAACAUUUGCAUGAGGAGGCGGCUCAGAGGGCCAGGGAUGCAGCGCAGAGAGCACGGGAUGCAGCACAGAGGACAAGGGACGCGGCACAAAGGGCGAGGGAUGCGGCUCAGAGAAUGAGGGAUGAAGCUCAGAGGACGAGGGAGGCAGCGCAGAGGACAAGGGAGGCAGCGCAGAUGCAAGCGGGGCAGGCACGGAGGCUCGCACGGGAUGAAAGACUAGAGCGACAGAGGAACGCUGUGCGCGAAGGGAGGCUGGCGCAGAACCAGGCACAGCUUCACAGGGAGGCGGUCGAAGCGAACGCGCGCCGGCAAGCGUAUCUGAGGCAGCAACGCGAGAGGGUACCGGCAGCCGGAGAAGUGCACGGAGAGGGGCCUGAGGAGUGGGAGCAACGGCGGCGGCGGGUCGCCGAAGACAUCGAGAGGAGGCUCCAGGAGAGGGCCGCGAGGCGCCAGCAAGCGCUCGCUGAUGCUGGUCCUGAGACUCCAGAGGACGUCAUGAGGGGACCCCAGCAAGUGCUAGGGCUUCUCAGGGGGGGGCACAGAAGGCAGGCGGAUGAUGGGGGAGCCAGGGGGGGGGAAGGAGUUGGUGAGAAUGGGGAUGAGAUGAGGGGAGAUGUGAGGGGGGGCCACAGAAGGCAGGCAGACGAGGGGGGGCGUGGCGGUGUGGGUGAAGCAGUGGACGAAGGGCUCCUUUACAGGCUGCAAGACUUGCAAGAAAUUGUGGCCAGGAACGAGAUACAGGAACGCGGGCGCAAGAGGGCUAGGCACGACGAAGGAGGCACUGGGGGCGGCCUGACGAACGUUGAAGUUCUGGAACGCAACAUUUUUAUCAACCGGGAGAGGGUGCAAAUGCGGGUAGAGCCUGUUCUCGGUGAUCACGGCGCAGGUCCUUCUGGGAGGGGCGCUGAUGUUGGGGGGGAGCGGAAUGGGGGGGUGGUGGCAGAGGCGCUGAGCAACCUGGCAGAGAUCUUUCCAGAGGUCGACCUUGAGGCUGCGAGGGAGGCGCUGUUUGUGAGCAUCGCAGAACAUGGCAUGCCUCGAGGUCUAGAAGUAGUAACCAACACCUACUUCGAGAACGGAUACCCCAAACGCGAACAGCCAAAGGUCGACACACCCCCUCAAGACGGCGCAGGCCCCAGCAAGCAGGAAGAAAAGGACGUGUUUGCACUCGGUUCGCCCCCCAGGCAGUGUGCGCCCGCUUAUCAUAAGUGGGCGGUGUACCAGCUGCAGGUGGACUUCCCCCGAGUGAGCCUCACGGACGUGCGGCGGUGCCUCAAAGUUCACGGUGAAAGGUACGCCCCCGCAUAUAAGUCCAUCUUGACCGAGGUACAGAAAAUUUGUCUCUCCGGAGCGGAAGGAAAAGGCAAGGCGAUCGCGGAAGAGAGCCCCCAGAAAUCGACCCACGACAGCAAAGCCGCAUACUGGGCGCCUAACUUUAAGCUGCUCCAGAAGCCCCGCCCCAAACCCCGGCACAUGCCGGACGAGGAGUGUUUCGAGUUUCAGGAGGAACUAGAGCGGGUGCGCCGGGCGGGCGCGAAAGACCAGGAGCUGGAGGACAUGCUGCUGGCAGAGAAACUGAACGAGGAGGAGUAUGCGGGGGAGGGCCAGGAGAUCGAGUGCGGGUGCUGCUACUCUGAGUAUCCGUUCGAGAAGAUGGUGCAGUGCGCGGAGGGCCACCUGUUCUGCUUCGCCUGCUUGAAGCGCCGCGUGGAGGAGUCGACGUUCGGGGCGGCCGCGGCAGGGGGAUCCCUCCCGUGCAUGGACACGGACGGGUGCGAGGCGGAGUUUCCGUACGCUGAGGUCCGACGAGCCCUCCCAGAGGCGACCCUGGCCAAGUACGAGGCCCGCCAAACGGAGCAGGCCCUGCUUUCGGCCAAGCUCGACAAUUUGGUGCGGUGCCCCUUCUGCGACUUUGCCUGCGAAGUGGACGAGGGGAACCGGGUCCUCGACUGCCCCGGCUGUAAGAAGGCGUCGUGCCGCGAGUGCAAGGAGGCGAGCCACAUCCCGCUCAAGUGCAGCGAGGUGGAGAAGAAGGGCGAGACGGCGUUCCGCACGCGCGUGGAGGAGCUCAUGACGCGCGCGCUCGUGCGGGAGUGCUCCAAGUGCAAGACGGAGCUCAUCAAGGACCACGGCUGCAACAAGGUAACGUGUCGUUGCGGUCAGACGAUGUGUUAUGUGUGCCGCGCGCCGAUCCCCCCCGACUAUACGCACUUCUGCCAGCACUUCCGAGAGCCGGACCGCAAGUGCAACCAGUGCAGCAAGUGCAACCUGUACACCACAGGUAAUGACGCAGCGGAGGUGAAGCGGGUGCGCACCACGGCCAUCGCCGAGGCGGCCCACUUGGACCCGGAAGCCGCCAAAAAAAUGAUCGGCGCGCCCGACGACCUCCCGCAGGCACAGGCGAAGCGACCCCGGUUGUACCCGCCAGGCCAUCCCCUGGCUGGCCUCGUGUUCUAACUCGAAGCAAGAAGAAGAGCGAGAGUCCUCGGUUUGAAGUCCCCAAAUAGGGCCUGUUGAACAUGGGGAAGAGCCGGAGUGUUUGGUUUGAAGUUCCCGGGUUAGGGGCCUGCGUUGUUGCUGUUGGAGAGGGAAGUUCAGGUCGAGGUUCAAGGUCCAGCUGGACUCGCAUUGUGCUGAAGUAGUGAGGCUAACAAACGAGCGGUGCUUGCGUGGGUCUUUGAUGCUAGGGACUUCGAGUACGGCAUCUCUGGUCGAGGUAAUACAGUAAUUCAGUAGGCAGUUCCCGCCAUUGCUGCUGCGAACAAUCAACCAAUGAGCACUGUCGCGAGUCGCAGGCCAACUCGGCAGGCAAGAGAGAUCAGAAGAUAGUCAAUGAGAUCCGAAAGUCAGGGCUGACUCUAAGGGCACAAGGUUGACGAAGGUUCACUAAUCUGCUUUCGCUUCGUUUGGGAUCGAUUAAUGUGCAUCAAAC